AUGGUGCAGCCAACUCGCCCCCCAAGGAACGGCUUCAACGCCUUCGCUCGCAAAAUUUACAACCCCCUUGGUUUUUCAAAAGCUUACAACUUCAUCCUAUGGUUCAUCUUCGCUGGUGCCCUGUUCGGUUUCACUCUAGCCCGUUUCACGUAUCUCAAUUUUGAUGGCAUCUUCUGCCCCAGUUCUGGCUCCAGGGGCCCCAACGCCGCCGCUCCUGGUGAGUGUUACUGGUAUCGUACCUACGAUUGGUACAAGGCAGGCAUCAUAUUGCACCUAGCUGGCAUUCUUCCCGCCUGCAUCUUGGUAGUCGUCCAGUUUACGCCCAUCAUACGCCACAAAGCUAUCAUCAUCCACCGUGUCAGUGGUUGGUUCGCCAUGCUGCUAUGGACGGUGAGCGUAGUCGGCGCUUUGAUGAUCGCAAGACGCGCGUUCAAUGGCACCCUUGAUACGCAGGCUUGGGUUGGACUUGUGGGUUUCGGCAGUACUAUCUGCUUCGUAUUGUCUAUUUGGAACGUGAAGAGGUUGCAGAUCGAGCAGCAUAGGGCAUGGAUGCUGAGAGGCUGGUUCUAUGCUGGGUCCAUCGUCACCAACCGCUUCAUCCUCAUCAUCGCUACGAGCGUCAUAUCGUCCAUCGACUCUUACUAUACUGCAUGGCCGUGCGCAAAGAUUGCUUUCACAAUGCGUUCGGAUAAUGCCACAUUGGCACUAUACCCGGAGUGUGCAUCCUUUGUCAAUGGAACAAAUCCGCAUCAACAAGCCGUUGUCCACGCCAGCUUUAACAGUGGGCAUUCCACUGAGAUUGGCGCGGGCUUGAAUAUGUGCUUCGGAAUGGCUCUUUGGGUGGCAUUGGCCAUGCACGCUAUCGGCGUUGAAGUUUAUUUGCACCUCACACCAAAGGAGGCCGAGCGCUUGAGGAACGUCAGCUACCAACGUCAGCUCGAGGCCGGUAUGAGGAAGCCUGGUUCUGAAGGAUUGACUGCGGACCGGUUGGGCGAUGCCGAAACCUGGAUGCCGCAGGCGAGAAAGAGGAGCGAUAGUAUGGUCGCUGGUAAUGACGAUCAGCCACCUAAGAUUGAGUUACCAACGUCUGGAUGA